GUCCUGUAUACUGUAUGUUAAGUAAUGCGGUAGACUGUCUUUAUAAAUGCCUUUUUAUUUUUUUUUAUUUUUGCUCUCAAUCCGUUCCCUUUUAAAGUCCCGCUUUCGUUCACCUUCUGAAACUGUACUGAGAUAUCGGUGUACAGUACCUUGGGACGUUCGUUAUCUUAUCUGCACCAAACAGGAAAAGCUCUCCAAUUUCUGCUGAUGCUGCAACGUCAAGAAAUGGCAAAAGAGUUCGCUUAUUGCCCUUAAUGUAUUCAGCCUUCCCAAUCGCACCAUCAUCACUUCUCUCGCUGUAUAGGACAUUAUGCUAAAAUGGUGCAGCUGGGCUGAGGUCAAUAGAUCCAGUGGAUUUCGUGUUUGGUUUUGUCUCUGCUCUCUCGUCUGUCUCUCGGGCUUUUAUAUUGCCUUAAUGUAAGAUGCAACACUUCGAUACUUUUACCGGUGAGGUGGCUCGGUUGUUCUGAUUAAACUUAGGAAAUAAUGACGUUAAAAUGCCGUAGACAUGUACUAAGACAAUAUAGUCUAUUAAUAUUUCAGUAAAGCUCCUAGAUAGCGCAGUGUAAAGCGAUAGCCAUAUUAAAACAAAGCAGGGAGUGCAAAGUUCUAGCUUUGGCUUUCGGUGUCCACGGAGUCGACGCAUUCCUGCACAGUGUCUUACAAGAUUAACCGGAGCAUCCUGUACAGUUUGCGCUUUGGCCACCUUAGGUCUACAGCAUAAAGAAAAAAAAAACAGGCAGCCGAAACUGCUGAUCUGGCAAAGAUCUCUUCUGUUCGAUCCAUUUUUUCUCCUACUGGGUGACAGUAACAGCAGCAGCAGCAGGAGCAGCAGCACAGAGAAGCAAUGGUCGAGUCAGCGCGGAUAGCUGGGGAACCGCACUGAAGCGAAGCAAAGCUAUCCCCUAAAAAGGGGAACCCGCAAACAAAAGAGCAAGUCGAAGACGACACAUAUAAUAAAAACUGGGAGCCUGCUGACGCGGGCUGAACAGAAGACGUAUCUCCUGCAGUAUUAAAAGAUUCGACAGCCAGGAUGACAGUUGUGGCAGGAGAUAACAUGGAUGAGACGUCUGCCUUGCCCGGGCACCCACAAGACAGCUACCCACCAGACCACGAUGAUCACGAAUGCUGUGAGCGAGUGGUUAUCAAUAUAGCCGGGCUGCGCUUCGAGACUCAACUAAAAACACUUGCCCAGUUCCCCAACACCUUACUGGGUAACCCCAAGAAAAGGAUGCGGUACUUCGAUCCCCUAAGAAAUGAAUAUUUCUUUGACAGAAACCGUCCUAGUUUUGACGCCAUCCUGUACUAUUACCAAUCGGGAGGCCGGUUAAGAAGACCGGUUAACGUACCUUUGGAUAUGUUUUCUGAAGAGAUAAAGUUUUAUGAGCUCGGGGAGGAGGCAAUGGAAAAAUUUCGCGAGGAUGAGGGUUUCAUCAGGGAGGAAGAACGCCCUUUGCCCGAGAAGGAAUUUCAACGCCAAAUCUGGCUUUUAUUUGAGCACCCGGAGAGUUCUGGACCAGCGAGGGGGAUUGCUAUCGUAUCUGUAAUGGUGAUUCUGAUAUCAAUUGUUAUAUUUUGUUUGGAGACUCUACCUGAACUAAAAGACGACCCUGCAGGGAGGAUACAAACUAUAGGGAACAGUACCUUCUACUACAAACCAAAUAUCUUCACUGACCCUUUCUUCAUUGUGGAGACUCUCUGCAUUAUCUGGUUCUCUUUUGAAUUGGUAGUUCGGUUUUUUGCUUGUCCCAGCAAGGCGGACUUCUUUAAGAACAUAAUGAACUUCAUUGAUAUAGUGGCCAUUAUCCCGUAUUUUAUCACGCUUGGCACUGAGAUGGCAGAAGAGCAAGACGGGAAAGAGCAGAAGGGAGAGCAGGCGACGUCUCUAGCAAUUCUCAGGGUGAUCCGUCUGGUCAGAGUUUUCAGAAUCUUUAAACUCUCCAGACACUCCAAGGGACUUCAAAUCUUGGGACAGACUCUCAAAGCCAGUAUGCGGGAACUGGGACUGUUGAUAUUUUUCCUUUUCAUCGGUGUCAUCUUGUUCUCCAGUGCAGUAUAUUUUGCAGAAGCAGAAGAGAAGGAUUCCUACUUCUCCAGCAUCCCGGACGCUUUCUGGUGGGCUGUGGUGUCUAUGACAACCGUGGGUUAUGGGGACAUGUACCCUGUUACAAUUGGGGGUAAAAUCGUGGGGUCGCUGUGUGCCAUUGCCGGAGUGCUGACGAUUGCAUUGCCCGUGCCUGUAAUUGUGUCCAACUUUAAUUACUUCUAUCACAGAGAGACGGAAGGGGAAGAACAGGCACAAUUGCUACAUGUUAGCAACCCGAACAUCGCAUCUGACACAAAUUCGAGUCGCCGUAGUUCGUCUACUGUCAGCAAGUCCGAGUACAUGGAAAUCGAUGAGGACAUAAACAAUAGCAUAGACAAUUUUAGAGAGGCAAACCUCAGAACUGGCAACUGCACCGUAGCCAACCAAAACUGUGUUAACAAAAGCAAGCUGCUAACUGACGUUUAAAAAAAAAGAAACAUUAGCAGCUCGGACCCAAGUGACACUGUCACUUUGUAGAUACUGUAAUCAUAUCUGAAUGCUUUAUUUACCUCGUUAAUGCGUUCUUGCAUUGCGAUUAUUAUGCUCAGCGAUUUAAAGAAAAAGACAAAAAAAAACAACAACAACAAGCUUUCAGGAUACGUGAAAGAUUAAUAUUUUCAUUUAUUUUUAAAUGGGAUUCUUCAAGUUGGUAUAUACAAUGGGAAAAUAUUUUAACUAGGUUUAUUAUAAGAAGUUGUACAACCCUUAACAAGGACUUCCAUUAUUUGCUCGUCAAAACAAACAACGUGAUCAUUUUAAAGUAAGUUAUGCAUGGAUUACAGUAAAUUUCAGCAAGUUGCACAGUGCAUCCAGGAAAGUGCAUCAGAAUUCUCAGUUCUGCUGAAACAUGCAAGCAUCUGCAGUUAUCGAUCUACUUAUUCCCUUGUGAUAGGUGAUGUCAUUACUUGAGACAUACCGACCAGCAAAGCACCUUAUCCGAAAAAAAAGACUGGUCUGUUGCUGCGAAUUUAUAGUAUAAGAAGUCUCCCGGACAUCUGCAAUGCUGCUAUUUUCCUGCAGAUGCUGUAACUCAAAUCUUACAAAAUGGGUACAAUGACAUGCCCUUUAGAUGCAAGACAGCACAAUGGAAAAAAAAUGAAAUGUAAGCAUGUUCUGAUACUCUUCGUUUAAUAUUGGCAUGCGUGAAACAUUACCUCAUAUAAUGGGAAAUAGGUUUUAGUUUGAUCCCGACCUUCUGAGUUUUUUUUUUCCUCAUUUGCUUUCACCAAAAGUGCACUGGUUAUUGAUUAUUUAAAUUAUAAAUAAUUUAAAGAAUUUAAGUGCUGAAUGUUAAACCUUAUGGGAACAGUAACUUUUGGAGAUCAUAGCAUGUUAAAAUACUCAGCAUUAUGGACAAUUUGACUAAGGUACUAUGUAUCCUAGUAUAUUUAAUGCAUGACGUCAGUAUUAAACAGCUUGUUGUAAUAGAGGAACUUCCGAAGGACCGGAUGAUUUUCCUGGUUAUUGUCAGGGAAAUGAGUGGGUUCAUGUCCUCACUUUGUCUGAACUGUGGCUGAACAUAUCCCAGACUUUCCUGGGACUGCAGACUUUUUUAAUGAGAGAAGAACAAAUCAAAACACUUAUACUCAUAAUUGGCACUACUUGGUAAACUACAUUCAAUAUUACUUCAGUGGUGUCGUGCAUGGACAUUCUCAGAAUGCAAAAAUUAGAUAUACUGUAUUAUGUAAAUGAUGCAUCCAUAUUGCAAUUGAUUUUACAGUAUUCAUUAGUUCAAUAUUUGAAUUUUUGUUCCCCAAUACACUUUGCAGAAAAGAAAAUGGCAACAUUACUUGAGUUAGUUGCUAGUGCCUUUAACCCUCUUACACAGUGGAUCAUUGAAAGUGCCUCCAUGUACAAUAGGGAAAAAAAGCAAAGCAGUCCUGUCUCAGUUUCUUCUUUAACUACUGUAUAAUGCACUAUAGAUCCAUCUAUAUCCUAAAGAGAAUGACAGAAAUAAAACAGUACAUCCACUCAACAGUUCUGAGAACAAAGGCCAGAAUUGAUGAAUGUGUCGUCUCAGACGUGUCAAGCACGAGACAGACAGGACACAGGAUGUCUACACACAACACAGAACCGGAGAGAAGCCAAGGGCUGGAUUCAGGAUCAUUUGAAUGGCUGACUGAGGAAUCCAGUUAGAUUUUAAUUACUUAGCAUGUUGCGGUGACUGUCAUGCACCGUUUUACUGACUCCUUGUAAAUAGGCCUAAUUAAAACAAACAUACAGUAAAUGCUCAUGUGCUUACCAGCAUCCACCCUUUUGAUUUGCAUCAUACCAUUUUAAGCCUUUCUGUUGUCUACCUCAAUGUGGUUAUGAAUGACAGUGCAGUGCAUGUGAUUCCGCUUGGUAAAAUGUAGAAACUGGGUUCAUCUGUGAUUUUAAUCACUUAUGUUUCCUUUGAUGGCCAACUGCAAUUGAACCUAUGGUUUACCCAGAAUAUUUAAUUUAGUAAGCACUUAUCCAACAAUUAUUAACGUCUCCUGACGGAGCACAGUGAAGAGCUGUGAGUGAUGGAGGGUAACCUGACUUGUGAUUUCACGUCUGCUAAGUGAUGAUGAGUAUGGAUGUGAAGAGAAAAAGCAAAAGAAAAUCACAAACCUUUCGAAUGCUUGAAACUACUGGAUAAAAGAGGACAAUAAGGCCAGUUUCACUGAAAAAUCUUCAAUAAACCUAUGGCCUAGUUGUCCACAUAUUGGAAAAAACUGAAUAUUGGAAAAAGCCUAAUUUUUAUUUGAUUUCCGCGCUUGAUCCAAUAGUUUUAAAAAGACCUGUCCAAAGCUGUGAGAGCCAUAAUAAUCUCUCACAAACUCUCGUUGGAUUAAGUAUUUAAUUGCACCUCAGGAUAGGUUAGAGCUGGCUGCAUCUAAAUAAGAAUGCAUUGUGUUUGGUGUGGAUGUGGAUAUGGAUAAGGAAAUCCGUAGAAGAUGAAGCUGUAACUUUUUCAUACAUUUUUGGCACAGGAGAAAAUGAGACAUUGGUCAUGAAAUAAUCUGAUUCUUGUGCACAACAGGCAUGUGUCCUUGGUGAAGCAGUGGUGGCAAAAGCGCUGAACAAUUGCACUACAGAGGUUCAAAUGUUGCAGGGACUUAAAUGUACACCUGAUAUACUGUAUUAAUAAUAGAAGCACUAUUUACCCCAUAAAGUGUUUUAAUUCAUAAUGAAGUUAAGGUUUAGAGUAAGAUAUGCAUCUUAAAAUUAUGUACAGUAGUAGAUUUCCAUUUCUUAAUAACUAAAAGUUAUAUUAUGAAACCAUUUAGUUGUUCAUUUAAUCAAAAGCUUAAAAUGAAAUGUAUACUAUGAACAAUCCAAAAUCCAAUUAACAAACCCAAAGACAUUGCAAAUUUACCCACACUUAAAAGAAAUAAAAUACAACAAAAUAAUAUUGUAAGUAAAAUAUUGCACUUGAAUUACAACCCUUUUUAAAUUUUAAUAUCAAUGUUUUGUAAAAUAUUCAAUCAAUUGCCCAUUAAUAACGCACUGCUACCAAUAUCUUCCAGAAGUUGGAGCUAUCAGGUGUUUUCCUUUGCAGUUACAUACACCACUUUUGUCUUUGUAUGGGUUUACCUGUUGAUAUGGGUCCAUCACCAAACUAUUUCAACUUUAAAAGAAGCCGUGUAUUUAGGAGAGCCUUCAAUGCAGUAGAUUUGAUGGGCAAGCAUUCUAAAAAGUAUUUGACAUUUGUACUAUUUUCCACAAAAUAUACUAAAAUGUAACAUUUGUACACAGAUGUCCCUUUUAGUCAGCCCAGAAAUGUUUUGAAAGUUUACAGAGUAAUUCACCUCAAUAUAAUUGACCAUAUAUUCUGCUCAAGAGGACCCAUUCCCCCUAAGAAUACCUUUAAAGUCAUGCAACUAUAAAGUUAUAAUAUCAUUAUGAUUAUCAGAGCAUUAUGCCAUUUAAUUCACAGGGUUAUAGAGAAUUUUUACAUAGAGAUAUAUACAUAUCUGUGAUAUACAGUACAGUAGUAUAUCCCAAUAUUUUAUUACAAUAAUGUUUAUUCUGAUGUUAAUUCAUUA